CUGCGUAGACCGAGAGGCCAGGUGGCGAGUGGAAACGGAGUGUGCGCUGGAGGUCUAAGCUGACUCGCUUAUGCUGGCUGGGCAUGGAGGAUUUGAAAGAGGAUAUCAAAUUCAUCGUGGAUGAGACCUUGGACUUUGCAGGGCUGUCCCCCUCUGACAGUCACGAAGAGGAAGAUAUAACAGUGUUAGUGAGUCCAGAGAAACCACUUCGCCGUGGCCUCUCCCAUCGGAGUAACCCGAAUGCAUUAGCUCCUGCCCUCCAGGGUGUGAGGUUCAGCUUGGGCCCACUCAGCCCAGAGAAGCUGGAGGAGGUCCUUGAUGAAGCCAAUCGACUGGCAGCUCAGCUGGAGGAGUGUGCCCUGAAAGACCGGGAGAGUGCUGGUGCAGGCCCUGGAAAGCCCAGCCCUAGAGGGAAGCCCAGCCCUCGGCGGGAGACAUUUGUCCUGAAGGACAGCCCUGUCAGAGAUCUGCUGCCCACUGUGAGUUCUUGGAGCACCCCACCUCCAAGCAGCCUAACUGGGCUCCGGAGCAGUGAUAAAAAGGGGUCAGCCAGGGCUGUUCGGGUGGCAGCUGGAAAGAAGGCCGCCAGCAUAAAGAAGGAAUCACCCACUUGCAAUCUGUUCUCUGCUUCCAAAAGCCCAGGGCGCUCUCCUCUUGCACAGCCAACUCUUCCACCUCGGCGGAAAGCUGGAUCCGGCGCCCGGACAACAGCGAGCCCACCAAUCCCUGUCAGACCAGCUCCACAGCCCUCAGCUAGCAAGUCCCAGUGUUCAUCCCGGCUCCAGGGAGCAGCUACCAAGUCUUCUAGUCGACUCCCCGUUCCCUCUGCCAUCCCCAAGCCUGCCACCCGAGUGCCAUUCACUGGACGGAGUAUACCACCUGUCAAAGGUGCCCCACCUUCAGAUUCUCACUCAACUCAGAAAGGGCACCCAAGCGCUGUAGGGCACAGAGCUCCUGUUUCCCAGCGAACAAAUCUUCCAACCACCGGUGCCGUGCGAGGCAGGAUGCUGCCCCUCAGGAAAGCUGCGGUCCCCGGACCUACUAGGUAAGAAGAUCAGGACAGCAAACAAAGACUCCAUAGCAAGCCACUGCAUCUUAGCCAUCAGAGACUGGACUCUCCGCGGCCAGCGGUCCCUAACUCCGGUAGAUUCAGGCCCAGAGAUGGGAGGGAGAGAUGCCUCCAGGGCUGAUCUCUGAAGUAGAGACUAUGGAGGUUGGGGUGGGUUGAGCUCUUAGAAGACUCAAAUCCCCUCCCCCACACCUCGACUCUGCCUGAAGGAAAAAGAGAGAGAGAGGCAGAGGUCACCUGCCCGUGGAGAAAUUCACAAACAAUGGUAAAUGCAGGCAGAGUGAACUAUCUGUCCCCUAUCUGUCCCCUCCAUCUGGUGAUCAGACCUAGAGAGCUUGACCUUCUGCCCAGACCACAGAUCAUUGGUCGUUUCCAUAUGAGUGGCCUUAGGAAAGCAGCCAGCUCCCUGUUCUCUAGGACAGGUCUUCCUGACUUGAUUCCUACACUGGAUUCUGGUCUGUUUGGAAAGGCCAGGAGGGCAACUGGUGUACAGAACUUGUUCCCUGUGAAUUCUGUGACUCUUCACAGGCCAAUCAGUUAUAAGCUUACUCACCAUCUUCAUAUUUUUUCUUAAAUAAAAUGCAUUUAAAAAUU